UAAAUGCAAAUCAUGUUUGUUUGCUUUUAAGAUUCGUCACCGAGCUUUGCUCUGCAUGUUCUGGGGUUAAGAUAUAAAAAUUCUUUGUCCAUUUCUGAGUAAAUCAAAAAUAAAAAUACUCUACUAAUCUAUAUGAAGUUGAAGCAGCAAAAACUCUGUUUACAAUUCUCAUUCUCAGAAGAAUCCUAUUUGACAUUUGGAAAAUCAACUCCCUUUCAGUUUUAAGGAGAGAAUUUGAUGAGAUGGAGAGAUUAAGCUAUGGUGGAGGCGGUGGUGGAGAAGGGAACUAUUGGUACGAAAAUGAGGUAGUGAUGAGCAGAGACCAGAAGCCGAGACUGAGAUGGACGGCUGAUCUUCACGACCGAUUUGUCGAUGCCGUAACUAAACUUGGUGGGCCUGACAAAGCAACUCCGAAGUCCGUCCUAAGGUUGAUGGGCAUGAAGGGCUUAACACUCUACCAUUUGAAGAGCCAUUUACAGAAAUACAGACUAGGACAGCAGACACGGAAACAAAAUGCAGUAGACCUAAACAAAGUAAAUGGUGGGAGUUCAUAUGUACAAUGUCGCAAUCAUUUUUCAGGGACUAUCAUCACCAAUUCACCAAGAGCUGACAGUGAGCAAAGACAAAUCCCAGUGGCAGAAGCAUUGAAGAAUCAGGUGGAAGUACAACAGACGUUGCAAGAGCAACUUGAGGUAGAGAAGAAACUGCAGAUGAGAAUAGAUGCGCAAGGGAAGUACUUGCAAGCAAUAUUAGAGAAAGCCCAAAAGAGAGUCUCGAUUGAUAUAAAUUAUUGCGAAGGGAAUGGUGAGGAAGAAACAAACUUCAACGUUUUAAACAAGGUCAACUGCUCUGCUUUCCAGAAUUAUGGAGGGAGAUGGAGAGAAAACAGCAAAGAUGUUAAGCUUGAAGUUGAAGGAGAUUCCAUUGCUUUUGACUUAAAAGACCAGACAUAGCUACAAGUUUGUUAGUGCUGUAAAUGGAAACCGCAUGUUUUCAUGAGUUUUUUCUUAAAAAACUCUUCAACUUCAACAGAAGAUGAUCAAAAGUCAAAGCACACACGAAAGGCAAUUGGUAUCAAAUAUUAAAUUGAAA